UUUGAAUAAUCGUAUAGCAGCUGUGCACUAGUACAAAGUACACUAGUACCAGCAGAUCCUCUCCCGAGCCCUGACAAAAACAGCUCUGAAUGAGGCAGUUUAUUGACAACUUUGGAAACGAUUCAUUGUAUUAAAAGUGUGUGUGGUUAUCAUGGAAACUGAGGGUCAGGUGAUCAAGUGCAAGGCAGCAGUGGCUUGGGAACCAGGGAAAGCAGUCUCCAUUGAGGAAGUGGAGGUUGCCCCUCCCAAAGCACAUGAAGUACGAAUUAAGAUAGUAGCAUCUGGAGUAUGCCACACAGACUGGACUUUCCUGUAUGAGGUUGGUAAAACUAUGAAUCCCCAGCCCUUUCCUUUGGUCUUGGGACAUGAGGGGGCAGGAGUGGUGGAGAGUGUCGGUCCAGGCGUCACAAAGAUGUCCAAAGGAGAUAAAGUUAUUACUCUAGUCGUGCCACAGUGUGGAAAAUGUGAACGCUGCAUGAGUCCAAAGACAAACCUCUGCACCAAAAACUGGGAGCAAACUCAGCAGUGUGUUCUUGCUGAUGGCACUAGCAGGAUCACCUGUAAGAAUCAGCAGGUCCAUCAGUUUAUUGGUAUCAGCACCUUCUCUGAAUAUACUGUUGUGCCAGAGGACAACGUCACCAAGAUUCACCCAGACGCUCCGCUGGACAAAGUCUGUCUGCUGGGCUGUGGAGUGUCUACAGGAUAUGGGGCAGCAGUAAACACAGGCAAUGUAGAAUCUGGCUCUACAUGUGCAGUGUUUGGUUUGGGAGCUGUCGGACUGGCAGCGGUCAUGGGAUGCAAGGCUGCCGGUGCCACCAGGAUCAUCGCCGUUGACAUCAACCCAGACAAGUUUGAGAUCGCCAAGACGUUUGGGGCCACUGAGUUUGUGAACCCUAAAGACCACAAUAAACCCAUUCAGGAGGUGCUGAGGGAGCUGACGAAUGGUGGCGUUGACUUUGCUAUCGAGUGUGUGGGGAACGUGGGAGUCAUGAGGGCUGCUGUGGAAGCGUGCAGUCCUGCAGGGGGAGUCUGUGUGAUGGUGGGCUGGACCCGGAUGGGGGAACUAACUCUGGUCUCUGAGGAUAUUCUGCUUGGAAAAACUCUGAAAGGCUCCUAUUUUGGUGGUUGGAAGAGUGUUGACGCGGUGCCCAAGUUGGUGCAGGAUUAUAUGAGUGGGAAGCUUCUGCUGGAUGAGUUUGUGACACACAAUCUGACUUUAGAUCAGGUUAACCAUGCCUUCGAUCUCAUGAUUACUGGAAAAAGUAUUCGUACAGUGAUCAAUAUGUGAAAUGAAGGAAGCGUCCUGUCUUCCUCAAACAGAACAGUGUUUAUAUUCUGUUCAGACAUUACAGGAAGAAGAAUAAAAGUUGUCAAAUACUAUGCAAUAAAGCAAUUAAACAGCA